AUGAACCCCUACCAACACAAUGUUAUGGGUGAGCGAGCUGCCUGUGGUAAGAUGGCCGCCAUGUGCGGACGUUCUACUCCGUUGGCUGGAAACGUGGACGAGACAUCUAACAUUAUAUAUAUAUAGCUAUGGGUUGGUGUGUGUGGAUGUUUAACUAUAGACCACCACCAGCUGCAGGGAAACAGGAAGUGACGCAAGUCGCUUAGCGUAGUACGUCAGUGGUGAUUUGCAGAAAUGGUGUUCAGAUAACUUGUGAAACACGGAUCACAAGUUAUCAGGACACAGACAGAACUGACGUUCACUUUGUGUUGGUUUGAUUCUCUACAGUUUAUGAGACACAUGUUUCAACCUGCGACACAACACGUGACGUCACGCACACACACAGACACACAGUCAUGUGAUUUCCAGUAAAUGCAGAGAUCACGAGCAGCCAGUGGAAGUGAAAUUUCAAACUUUGUUCGAACUUUAAGGAGCAAAGGGAGGAGAGAGACGUGAAGUCUGAGGCUGACUGACGAUGAGUGGUUAUGAGGAGGAAGUGGAGGACAGAGCAGAGGCUCCAGGGUUCAGCUGUGUGUCUCUGAAGAGUGACAUGUCCAUGGGAGAACCUCACAACUUCAGUAAAGAACCUGGACCCUCACACACAAAAGGUCAGGACCACAGACUGAGAGCAGAGUCUCCAGGGUCCAGCUGUCUGUCUCUGAAGAGUGACUGGUCCAUGAGAGAACCUCAAAACUUCAGUAAUGAACCUGGACCCUCUCACACAGAGGAGAGGAAGAGGAGUCAUGUUUCUGAGGAGGAGCAGUCGUCCUGCUGUGCUUCGUUCCAGGACGUCCUGAAGAAUCCAGUCUCCACCAGCUGUGGUCACUGGUUCUGCAGACAGUGCAUCACCUCAUACUGGGACCAGUCUGGUUCUUCAGGAGACUCCUCCUGUCCCCAGUGUGGACAAAGAUCCAGAACAGGAGCUGGAGCAGAUCGUGGUCUGCAGGAGGUUUUAGAUGAACAUAAGCUCAGUGUGAGGAGGAGAUGUGAACAUGUGACUGAAGGAAAUGAUGAAACAGGAAGUAGAACCCUCCUCAACAGGAUCUACACUGAUCUCUACUCCACAGAGGGACAGAGUGAAGAGGUUAAUACUCAACAUGAGGUGAGGCAGCUUGAGAAGGCUUCCAAGAUGAAGAUCCUCCAGGACACUCCCAUCAAGGUCCACGACAUCUUUAAAGCCUCCACUGACCAGCAGAGCAGCAUCAGAGUCGUCCUGACCAACGGCGUCGCUGGCGUUGGAAAAACCUUCUCGGUGCAGAAGUUCACUCUGGACUGGGCAGAGGGUUUAGAAAACCAGGAUGUGGGUCUGCUGGCUGUGCUUUCGUUCAGGGAGCUGAACUUGGUGAAGGACCAGCAGCACAGUCUUCUCACGCUGCUCCAUGUUUUCCAUCCAGCGUUACAGAAGCUCACUGCAGAGACGCUCGCUGUCUGUAAACCUUUGUUCAUCUUUGACGGCCUGGAUGAAAGCAGACCUUCUCUGGACUUCAACCACAGGGAGCUUGUGUCUGAGGUCACACAGAGGUCAUCAGUCAACGUGCUGCUGACAAACCUCAUCCGGGGGAAUCUGCUUCCCUCGGCUCUCGUCUGGAUAACCUCCAGACCUGCGGCGGCCAAUCAGAUCCCCCCUACAUGUGUUGACAGGGUCACAGAAGUACGAGGCUUCACUGACGCCCAGAAGGACGAGUACUUCAGGAGGAGAUUCAGUGAUGUAGAGCUGUGCAGCAGAAUCAUCUCACACAUCAAGAUGUCCAGGAGCCUCCGCAUCAUGUGUCAAAUCCCAGUCUUCUGCUGGAUCAGUGCUACAGUUCUGGAGCACAUGUUGACCACAGACCAGAGAGGAGAGCUGCCCAAGACCCUUACUGACCUGUACUCACACUUCCUGCUGGUUCAGACAAAGAGGAAGAACAACAAGUACGGUGAGAAGAAGGCUGACAGGGACGUUCUCCUGAAGCUGGGGAGGCUGGCACUUAAACAUCUGGAGGAAGGAAACAUCAUGUUCUACCAAGAAGACCUGGAGCAGUGUGGUCUUAAUGUCACAGAGGCCUCGGUGUACUCAGGAGUUUGUACUGAGAUCUUCAGAAGAGAGUGUGUGAUCUUCCAGAAAUCAGUCUACUGCUUUGUUCAUCUGAGCGUUCAGGAGUUUCUGGCUGCAGUCUACAUGUUCCACUGUUACACCGAGAGGAACACAGAAGAACUCAACAACUUCUUGGGAACAUAUGGGGACACAGACUGUAACUUCUCCCUGGAUGACCUCCUGAAGAGAACCAUGAAGAAAUCGCUCACCAGUACAAAUGGUCAUCUGGACCUGUUUGUUCGCUUCCUUCACGGCCUCAGUCUGGAGUCCAACCAGAGAGUCUUAGGAGACCUGCUGGGUCGGACAGGGAACAAUCCAAAGAUCAUCCAGAGAGUCAUCAACAACCUGAAGGAGAUGGAGAGUGAUGACAUUUCUCCUGACAGAAGCAUCAACAUCUUCCACUGUCUGACUGAGAUGAACGAGCACUCAGUUCAUCAGCAGAUGAAACUGUUCCUGACGUCAGAGAACAGAUCAGAGGAGAAACUCUCUGAGAUCCACUGCUCAGCUCUGGCCUACAUGCUGCAGAUGUCAGAGGAGGUUCUGGAUGAGUUGGACCUGAUGAAGUUCAACACAUCAUACCAGGGUCGACUGAGACUGAUCCCAGCUGUGAGGAACUGCAGGAAGGCUCGCAGCUUUAAAAAGUCAACAUGGAAACAAAAGACUGCAUUAACAUGGCUACUUCCUGUUGCCACGCCUUUGUGCUGUACCAGUUAUGUGAAGAUCCUCAGACUUGGUGGUUUUGAACUCUCAGAGACUCACUGUGAAGUCGUGGCCUCAGCUCUGAAGUCAGACCCCUCACAUCUGAGAGAACUGGAUCUGAGUGACAACUACCUGAAGGACUCAGAAGUGAAGCUGCUGUGUUCUGGACUGGAGAGUCCAAACUGUCGACUGGAGACUCUGAGGUUGAAGAACUGCAGUCUGUCAGAGAUCAGCUGUUCUUCUCUGGCUUCAGCUCUGAGGUCAAACCCCUCUCAUCUGAGAGAACUAAAUCUGAGAGGAUACUACCUGAAGGACUCAGGAGUGAAGGAGCUGUGUGGUUUCCUACAGAGUCCAACUUGUCAACUGGAGACUCUGAGACUCUGUGGUUGUCUACUCUCAGAGACUCACUGUGAAGUCGUGGCCUCAGCUCUGAAGUCAAACCCCUCUCAUCUGAGAGAACUGGAUCUGAGUGACAACAAGCUGCAGGACUCAGGAGUGAAGCUGCUGUGUUCUGGACUGGAGAGUCCAAACUGUCGACUGGAGACUCUGAGGUUGAACAGCUGCAGUCUGUCAGAGAUCAGCUGUUCUUCUCUGGCUUCAGCUCUGAGGUCAAACCCCUCUCAUCUGAGAAAACUGGAUAUGAGCUACAACGACCUGCAGGACUCAGGAGUGAAGGAGCUGUGUGGUUUUCUACAGAGUCCAACCUGUCGACUGGAGACUCUGAGGUUGAGGAGUUGCAGACUGACAGAGAUCAGCUGUUCUUCUCUGGCUUCAGCUCUGAGGUCAAACCCCUCUCAUCUGAGAGAACUGGAUCUGAGGUACAACGGCCUGCAGGACUCAGGAGUGAAGGAGCUGCUUGAUCUACAGCAGAGUCCAACCUGUCGACUGGAGACUCUGAGGUUGGAGAGCUGCAGUCUGUCAGAGAUCAGCUGUUCUUCUCUGGCUUCAGCUCUGAGGUCAAACCCAUCUCAUCUGAGAGAACUGGAUCUGAGUAACAACAACCUGCAGGACUCAGGAGUGAAGGAGCUGUGUGGUUUUCUACAGAGUCCAACUUGUCAACUGGAGACUCUGAGACUCCGUGGUUGUCGACUCUCAGAGACUCACUAUGAAGUCGUGGCCUCAGCUCUGAAGUCAGACCCCUCACAUCUGAGAGAACUGGAUCUGAGUAACAACGACCUGCAGGAUUCAGAAGUGAAGCUGCUGUGUUCUGGACUGGAGAGUCCAAACUGUCGACUGGAGACUCUGAGGUUGAAGAACUGCAGUCUGUCAGAGAUCAGCUGUUCUUCUCUGGCUUCAGCUCUGAGGUCAAACCCCUCUCAUCUGAGAGAACUGGAUCUGAGUAACAACAACCUGCAGGACUCAGGAGUGAAGGAGCUGUGUGGUUUUCUACAGAGUCCAACUUGUCAACUGGAGACUCUGAGACUCGGUGGUUGUUUCCUCUCAGAGACUCACUUUGAAGUCGUGGCCUCAGCUCUGAAGUCAGACCCCUCACAUCUGAGAGAACUGGAUCUGAGUCACAACAAGCUGAAAGAUUCAGGAGUGAAGCUGCUGUGUUCUGGACUGGAGAGUCCAAACUGUCGACUGGAGACUCUGAGGUUGGAGGAUUGCAGUCUGUCAGAGAUCAGCUGUUCUUCUCUGGCUUCAGCUCUGAGGUCAAACCCCUCUCAUCUGAGAGAACUGGAUCUGAGUAACAACAACCUGCAGGACUCAGGAGUGAAGGAGCUGUGUGGUUUUCUACUGAGUCCAACCUGUCGACUGGAGACUCUGAGGUUGAAGAGCUGCAGUCUGUCAGAGAUCAGCUGUUCUUCUCUGGCUUCAGAUCUGAGGUCAAACCCCUCUCAUCUGAGAGAACUGGAUCUGAGCUACAACGACCUGCAGGACUCAGGAGUAAAGGAGCUGUGUGGUUUUCUACAGAGUCUAACCUGUCGACUGGAGACUCUGAGGUUGAAGAGCUGCAGACUGACAGAGAUCAGCUGUUCUUCUCUGGCUUCAGCUCUGAGGUCAAACCCCUCUCAUCUCAGAGAACUGGAUCUGACUGACAACGACCUGCAGGACUCAGGAGUGAAGGAGCUGUGUGGUUUUCUACAGAGUCCAACCUGUCGUCUGGAGACUCUGAGGUUCACGAGCUGCAGACUGUCAGAGAUCAGCUGUUCUUCUCUGGCUUCAGCUCUGAGGUCAAACCCCUCUCAUCUGAGAGAACUGGAUCUGAGUGACAACAGCCUGCAGGACUCAGGAGUGAAGGAGCUGUGUGGUUUUCUACUGAGUCCAACCUGUCGACUGGAGACUCUGAGGUUGGAGGGCUGCAGUCUGUCAGAGAUCAGCUGUUCUUCUCUGGCUUCAGCUCUGAGGUCAAACCCCUCUCAUCUGAGAGAACUGGAUCUGAGCUUCAACAGUCUGCAGGACUCAGGAGUGAAGGAGCUGUGUGGUUAUCUACAGAGUCCAACCUGUCGACUGGAGAUUCUGAGGUUAUGGAGCUGCAGACUGUCAGAGAUCAGCUGUUCUUCUUUGGCUACAGCUCUGAGGUCAAACCCCUCUCAUCUGAGAGAACUGGAUCUGAGUAGAAACAACAACCUGCAGGACUCAGGAGUGAAGGAGCUGUGUGGUUUUCUACAGAGUCCAACCUGUCGACUGGAGACUCUGAGGUUGGUGUACUGCAGUCUGUCAGAGAUCAGCUGUUCUUCUCUGGCUUCAGCUCUGAGGUCAAACCCCGCUCAUCUGAGAGAGCUGGAUCUGAGACUCAACGACCUGCAGGACUCAGGAGUGAAGGAGCUGCUUGAUCUACAGCAGAGUCCAACCUGUCGACUGGAGACUCUGAGGUGGAGGUGGCAGGACUGAGGCUGAAGCAGCAGCAGCUUGUGUGUAGAGCGGCUCUGACUGGGCCUUGUUACUGGGAGGCAGAGUGGAGACAGAGCUCCAGAGGAAUCAGAGGAGAUGUUUGUAAUAUGUAACUUCACCACUAGAUGGCCGUCGCUACCAAUUGUGUUUAUACGCGUGAAGAAUGUGUUUAUUGAAAUGACACAACACCAACAGAAUAUAUAAACCCUCUGUAAAGAGUCACAUACAGUGUAUUUAACUUUGCCUUUGUUAUUGUCCACCUUUGUCUCUCAGUAUAUAUCCAUGUGUGCAUAACCACAUUCUGUGUAUAUGUUUGUUUAUGAUCAUAAAGCUCCUGGAUUCACGUCACAGAUUGAUUUAGUUCCACACAAAGUUAAAUACAUUUAAAUCUCUUUGAGUUUAAAAAUCUGAGUUUUGUCUUUGAAACAAACGAUUAAAACUCUGGACUUAAAAACUGGACGUUUUCAUUUCUGCAUCAGGUGCAGAGCAGUGGUUGCUUUUCUACUCUUUGACCCACAGGUGGCGCUGCAGUAUAACAGCAGCACAUCCCAGUCAAAGCC